AUGAACAGACACAGCCAUUCAGACACUGCCUCAUCCAAAAACGCUGUCGGAGCCACCCACACUCUGUCAUCCACACUGGCGGACAAGAAUGAAUGUCACACUAGCGCAGGUCAGAAGGUGCCCCAGUUCCUCCUGCAGGUCACCACUCAAAGGUGCCCAGUUCCUCCUGGGCAGGUCAAAAACGAGGUCAAAUCCAGAUCCUUACUGCAGGGUCACUACCGAGUAAAGGUGCCCAGUUCCUCCUGCAGUCACACUAACAGGUCAGGUCAAAGGUGCCCAGUUCCUCCUGCAGGUCACACUAACGAGGUCAAAGGUGCCCAGUUCCUCCUGCAGGUCAAUAACGACAAUCCCAGUUCCUCACUCAUACUAACGAGGUCAAAGGUGCCAGUUCCUCCUGCAGGUCACACUGAGGUCAAAGGGCCCAGUUACUACGAGGUCAAAAGUUCAUCCUCUCCAGCCCGAGUACUUCCGCUUCCCCCUGUGCCCGGUGCCUUCUCUUCUCUGGCCCUCCUACCCCCUGGGCCUCCUACCCCCUGCCUCUCCUACCCCCUGGCCUCCUACCCCCUGGGCCCUCUACCCCCUGGGCCUCCUACCCCUGGGUCUCCUACCCCUGGCCCCUCCCCCCUGGGCCUCCUACCCCCUCCUACCCCCUGGCCCUCCUACCCCCUGGCUCCUCCUACCCCCUGGGCCUCCUACCCCCUGGCCACCCACCCCAUGGCCCUCCACCCUGGCCACCUGGCCUACCACCUCCUGGCGUCCCCAUCCCUCGCUCCUGGAUUCCUUUCCACGACUCUCCAUUAA